GAGCUCUUUACACAGAGGUCCCUGCCUUUCUGGAAGUCAGGCAUUCAAGCAAGGGGAGAUACAAAAUGGCCAUGGUGGCGGUGAAUAUCUUGGGCUUUCUUCUCUCAUUCUCUCUGUUCCUGUCUCUGGCUUCUGCGGGACGCUACCAUUACGAAUGGAAUGUGACAGAAGCCAAUUAUACAAGGCUUUGCUCGACCAAGACGAUCAUGACAAUCAAUGGAUUAUUCCCCGGCCCUACCCUGUUUGCCCGCAGAGGUGACGUGGUAACUGUGAAUGUGCAUAACCUCGCCAAAUAUAACAUCACCAUCCACUGGCAUGGACUGAGGCAACCGAGGAACCCUUGGUCGGACGGGCCGGAAUACAUCACCAUGUGUGGCAUUCGUCCAAGCUACAACUUCACAUACACCCUGAUUUUCAGCGAAGAAGAAGGGACUAUUUGGUACCAUGCCCACAGCGACUGGUCCAGAGCAACCAUUCAUGGUGCUAUCGUCGUCUAUCCGCCAAUAGGAGUCUCGUAUCCUUACCCCACUCCUCAUAGAGAAUACCUCGUCAUUAUCAGUGAAUGGUGGAAGGGCGACGUAAUGCAGGUGCUGGAGGAGGGACUCGUCAGCGGAUCGGGAUUCAACGAAUCGGAUGCUUACAUGAUCAACGGCCAGCCCGGAGACCAAUACAACUGUUCCAAAGAAAAUACGACUAGAUUCCUUGUGGAGCCAGGCAAGAGCUACAUGCUUCGCGUGAUCAAUGCUGCGCUGGCCUACGGCCACUUCUUCGCCGUCGCGAACCACAACAUCACACUCGUCGGCCGCGACGGCGCCUACGUUAGCAACGAAUCCGUUGAGUACAUCUGCAUAACUCCGGGCCAAGGGAUGGAUGUCCUGAUCACUGCCGACCAGACGCCGGGGCUCUACUACAUUGCUGCUAAGCCCUACAAUGCUGACACCCGUCUGGUCUUCGACAACACAACGACGACGGCGAUAGUGGAAUAUAAGGGCUACGAAGGAACCAACACCACUUCAACAACUCCUUUCCCGACCUUGCCGGCCUUCAGCGACUCGCAGGCGGUGAUGGACUUCGUGAAGAGGCAGAGGAGCAUGGUGGAUGCGAACCACUCCAUAAGCGUCCCCAUGAACGUCACCAAAAGGUUGGCCUUCGCCUUCGGCAUCAACUACCUGUCCUGCGAGACCUGCACCAACAACCCGAAGCUUGCCGCCAGCAUCAACAACAUCUCCUUUCAGUUGCCGUCGACAGACAUACUCCAAGCGUACUAUAAGAACAUCUCCGGCGUCUACACCCCCGACUUCCCCCCCUUCACUAAGGUCUUCAACUUCACGUACACGAACUUCACGAAUGCUGAAGAGUUUACGACGACGGGGACGAAGGUGGUGGAGCUGGAUUACAACGAUACGGUGGAGCUGGUGAUGCAGGGGACAAGACUCAACGGCGAAAUCAAUCACCCGCUGCACCUGCACGGCCACAGCUUCUUCGUCAUGGCCCGGGAUUUCGGCAACUUUGACCCGGUGAAUGACCCCAAGAAGUUCAACUUGGUCGACCCGCCAUACGAGAACACCGUGGGGGUUCCCGCGGCCGGAUGGGUGGCCGUGAGGUUUAGAGCUGUCAACCCAGGUGUCUGGCUGAUGCAUUGUCACUUGGAGCGCCAUUUCUCCUGGGGAAUGAUUGCAGUCUUCAUCACAAAGAACGGACCAACGAACGAGACGAGCAUGUUGCCACCACCACCAUACAUGCCUCCCUGUUGAAGGUCAUGAGCUCGAUCGGCGACAGGCUCUCUCCAUCAGGAUCGGAUGCCUUGGCCGCCUAUUGCUUCUCCUUUUAGUGUGUGGCUCCUGGGAAGGGGCAGUGCAAACCAUUGAAUAAAAUCGAUCGGCACUAGUUCUUGGUGAUGAGAAACUAAAUGUUCAAUAAGAACCUCGUAUUGGUCCUGUCAUCGGGGACUGUGCCGGAUCUUUCUACUUUUUUUCUUUUCUUUUGUUUUCUUGUUCGUUUGCGUUCGUGUUGCACUUCUGUAACUUGUUUUCCCAUCCCACUUGUUUUUUUGAGUUCAAUGCAUCAUCUGGAGUCUGGUGGUUUCACUUAAUUAAAAGUGUUUCAUGGGA